AUGAGUGAAAGAAAUCCCGAGCUACGCUUCCCAUCUCCUAAAGUCCCGCCUCGGUUCUUCAAAGCAUGCCGACACUGCAGAAAGCAGAAGAUGCGCUGCGACGCACGCCAUCAGUUACCGUGUUCUCGAUGCCGCUCUACCGGCCGAGACUGUAUUCUCGAUACUAUCGAAAAUGAGGACGGAACGCGACGUAGUGGGCGUCAGAAGGCUGCUGCUGCUGCGCAUUCGCAGACACGUUCGCCCUGGGAACAACAACAGCAGCAGCAGAGUCACUCUCGGACGCCUUCGUCGAGAGAAAUGGACUAUUCUCCGGUUUCUGGACGAGACGCUGGUGUAGAAACGACUCCCAUGGAUGGAGUGGACGAGCUCCAAACAUCUCAGACCGAUCAGCCCGGUCCGGAAUCCCAGCAGUUGAAUCCUAGCGAUAUGAUGGCGCCGGUUUCUGUUGUGCACUCGAUGUCGGUCAACCUUUUAGGAUCCAGUAAUAUCUUCAUGGAGAACUUGUCCAGGACAGAUCUGGACAGCGACGUCAUCGCUCGAGGUAUAAUCAGCGAAGAGCGUGCGCGAGUGAUGUACGAGCGGUUCAUGGGCGGAAGCAAGAACUUUCUACCUCUGUUCGACCCUAUCCGCGACACCUUCGACUCCAUCCGCUCGCGGUCCCUUUUCUGCUUCUCAGUGAUCAUGUACCUAGCCAGUCGCGCAGCAGUGGAAAUGCGCAGCGACACGCACCUACAGCGCGUCCUUCAAGACGAAGCGCAGCGCCUGGCGGAGGAUAGCUUUUUCGAGCGCCCGACAAAGGUAGAGACGGUGCAGGGCAUGGUGCUACUCGCAGCGUACUCUGAAAAGACGUGGUUCUCCACAGCCCUGAUCUUGCGCACUGCGUUGGACUCGGGGCUCGAGAAGUCCCUCGACCGCUUGCUGUCGCAGGAGAACGUCCCGCGGAGCUCUCUGUCGGCGACUAUGGAAGACCGCAAGCUGGUGUGGCAGACGAGGACGUGGCUGAUUAGUUUUACGCUGGAGCUGGAUGUCGCAUCUGGCACGGGGCGCAAGUCUCGUAUCGCGGAGGUGAAUGUUGCUAAGUUGCGCAAAUUUCUUGAGUAUCCGCUGUCGCUUCCGUGUGAUAUGCGGACGGUGUCUAUUAUAGAGAUUCAUCAGCUGCGUGGGCAGUUUCGUGUGAUCAUCGAGAACUCAAUGACGAUCCACGACAUUGUCGCGACGCAUCUACCGGCGAUCAUGACGAGACUUCAGACAUGGUGGACGACGUGGGAUGAACUCCACGAUAGCAAUGGAUUCCACGCGAGAGCCUUCCAGCGCUGCAGCCUCAAGCUCAUGCUUAACUACGCCAAGAUCUUCGUCUUGUGCUCUUCCUUAGCUCGGAUCCAGAAAUUGCAGUCUAGCUCUGAUGCAGGGGAAAUGGGAAAUGACCCAGAAGCUACGAAUCUGUGGCCAUCGCUCGUGACCACCAUCAUGGACCAACUAUCCUUUUGGAUCAUGGAGACAUCCUACCGCUAUCAAUUCCCGUGGGCGCCAACAUAUCCAGCUCUGACUGUCGCCUUUAUCACAACAUUCGCACUCCGAAUCGCCCGCUGGCGCCCCUCCCUAAUCGACCAACCCCAGCUCCUAGAAAAAGCAGAAAAAAUUUGCGACUACCUAAAGCAGCCCCCCUAUCCAGACAUCCACCGCGCCGUCUCCCUCUUCGUAACAUACGCACGAGCCCUCAUCUCCAACCAGUGUCUUCAUCCCGACAGCACAGACAUAUCAGACCAAUGCGUUGGCCAGGAAUCAUCCGGCGCCAGAGAACCAGACCUAUCCCUAAUGAACCUCCCCCCUCCUCCUCCUGCUGCCGCUGCUCCUCCUCGGGACCCACCACCAGUAGACUGCCAGGGCCCUAUGACGGGGCCCACUAUCGCGCAGACCGACAAAGACGCCGCGAGCAACCCAGCGAAUGACAGGGCUGUGCCUCCUCUCCGGACCCCCGUGCAGGGCUUACCGGGGACAGUGGAAUUUCCGAACUGGACGCUGUCGAAUUCGAUUGCGGAUUCGUUUGGGCUGUUUGAGGAGGAGCAGAAUGAUAUUUUUGAUUUUUUGCCUGUUAUGCCGGGUAUGCCUCAAUAA